UGCUGUGUACCGUCACGUGCUAGUAUCAGUGGUUUACCUUUUGUAUUUAGGCCCUAGAUGGGGAAUUAACCUGGCAACUCCGGCUUGCGCUGUCACGUGCUAGAAUCAUAGGUUUAUCUCUUAGGCUGAACCUGACAAGAUGAAACAAAGUUCUUAACAAAGAUAAAUUUUACGAGUGACAGGUCUAAAUGGUGGAAAGUGUGCUUAGGAAUCCAAAGGUACCUUUAAAAGUGAACAGAGAUACAGAGAUAUUAAAUCCCCUGUAUUAACAACGUACAGUCCAAGUGGAUGUAGAUCUUUCUGGAUAUUCGUUUUCUAUAACACACUGGAGUGUUUUAUUUUCCAGGUAACUCCAAGCUCGUGCCCUGUAGGGAAUGUGGUCACUCUGACAACGACAGGAGCGAUGAAGACAAGCUUAUUGUUAGGUACAACAAUUGUAAACUUAUACAGAACUAUGAGGUUCAUUCUGUUGCUAGUGGCAACAGACUUGACGGUUCAAGGUGUCACAGGAUACGGAUUAUAUACAUCAGAUAAAUAUGUGGCACUUUCUGGAGAUUUGCUAUUAACUUACAAACUUCCAUACAACAGUAGCAACGCCCUCUUCAUACAGCUCCUGCAAGAUAUAAAAGAUGGGCCGAAAGAAUUAGCGAGACAUAUUGUUCCUCAGUAUUCUACCUAUGGAAAGUGGAACGUUCCAUGUGGACUGAUUCAUCGUCCUGGACACUUCAUGUUUCGUCUCAUCACGGAGAACAAGAAGAAAACACUAGCCACAACGAGUCUUGCCAAUGUUUCGUGGCCAAAGGUCUCUGUUCAAGUACCUCUUCUUGCAGAAACCUACAGCUCUGACGUCACUGUUCGCCUAACGUCAUCAGAUAUCAAGUGCAAGCCGAACAAUGUCGGCCUCUAUUGGAGCAGUAUAGAACUAGUUUAUCUCGGGCCAAAUUUUCAAGUUGUCUACGAAGGGUCAUCUUGGUUCCAGUCGAGUACAGUGUUUCAAACUGAAGUCAAAAGCUGGCCAGGAAGUCAACCUCUAGAGGAUGUUAUAGUCGACUGUAGAGUGUUUGAUAAGCCAGGAAUAUACCAGGUUCAACUUGUGGGAAGCCAAAGACUGCUCCCCCCGAUUGCUAAAAGUCCUCACAUCCAGGUGAUCUGGAGCUCUCGCUACGAUCUCAGUAUUCCCCAGUCUCACAUCUUUCCGUGCGAUAAAGGUGUUCUGGUAAUUUACGAGUAUCCACCGUGCACACUCAGCGGAGAUCGUAUUAGAGUGUACGGACGUAGGUCCUCUCCACCAAUCACCGAGUACAUCUUGGAAACUAGGAUAGACAACAGUAAACAUUCUCUGACACUACCGUGUGAUUUAUUCAGUUCCGUGUACCAGACGUUUUGUUUCACGUACGUCAGUGUCGCCGCCAACGGCGCUGUGUUUGAACUGAAAACCUUGUGCAGACCCCGAAACAUCGAUCCAGGAGGGUCAAGGGCAUGGUGGAGCACAUGGAGCUCUUGGUCACAGUGUUCAUCAACCUGCGACUCUGGUAUUCGUAGUCGGUACCGGCUCUGCAGCGCACCUAGUGACGACACUCAAUGUGAAGGAGAAUCUACCGAAUCGGAACCAUGCGUUUUUAGCGAAUGUUUGGAGGACACCACGACCAUAUCUGAUGAUCUCCUACUAAAGAUUAAUUGUAACUCUAGCUGCAAGGUGAACGUCACAAGUAAUGGAACUCUGACAGCAAGAAUAUCUUCUGGUACUCUCCAACCCAGCUUCUGGACUCUCGAAGCCUGGCCAGAAGGUAAACUAAGCGUCCAGUUUGUUAAAGUAGAUAUCGACUCCGAGUUCUGGCUGACCGUUAGAGAUAGUACUUCACCUGUUGGAACUCUGUUGACCACCGUGAACAACCAGAUGACCUAUGCUCCGGUAGAAUCCUACAGCUCGACCCUCCGGAUAGACCUUCACACAUCGAAUGGUUCGGUUUCCACCGAGGGAGAGUUCACUCUGAAGUUUUACAUAAAAGGUUUGAAAGUCAGUAGCCUAACAGCAGUUUGGGAUGGUCCUUCAACAGGGAAGGUCAAAUUCAGCGCUGUACAUUUAACCCUUGUAGUGUUGGCUUCGGUUGUUGGUAGUGCCAUCACCAUCUUGCUGGUUUUACAAGAAGUCUACAAUAGAUGUCGCCAGAAACGCAAGAGCCUCUGUUCCGAGUCACCCUGUUCGUCUGUCCACAAUAUUCAAGAACCUUGCCCAAAAGUCAAACUUUUAACUGGUACCACAUCAGUAUCAGAUCUCUCUUGUUCCCCUGCUUCCCUCCGACGUCAAGACAAGACAGCAACCAGUCAGGACAAGACAGUAACCAGUCAGGAUAAAGUUAGUCCUGAGGAACUACUACACAAUACGUUUCUUUUUCGAUCUACAAGUAGUGUUUGCACCCUCACUCCACCACAAAGCCCUUGCCCAUCUCUUCUCCAACGCCGGUGUUUAACACCAGCAACUAGACGAAAACUCCCAAUAGCAGCAGUUACACCGCAACCAAAACCACGAAGCGAGGGAGUUCGUCAAAACAUGUCACGUCAUCACGUAUAUAAGGCUGUUAGAAAUGUCUGUCCAACAGACAUGAAGUCUGUAGACAGGUUAAAAGAUAAAUCUCUAAAGUCAGAAAGCAUCGUCGCGUCAACUCAGUCCUUGUCAGAAUUUUCAAUUGGAGAAUCUGAAGAUGGACUAGAGUACGAUUACUAUGACUACAGUUGUCAUAACGAUCCGGGGUCUUUCUUCUGCAAUGACCCGGCAUUAAUUGGAUGGCCACCAUUUAUUCCAAUCUAUCCAGGAAUCAGCGAGGAAGAUCUACCAUUACAACAUUUUAUAAUGCCACAAAAGGAAGUCAGUGAGGAGGAAUCAAUAGUGUCUUAGGCUUUUAUGCCUUUAAAAUUAUCAUUUAAAAAUUAGUUUUCUAUUACCUUCGAAACAAUCGAUAGAAGAGAAGCCUUUCACGUAAAGCUCAAAAAUUGAAUCAUAUAUGAAUGCAAAGAAACAUCUCCCAUUACGCUCUGAUUACUAAAUAUGUCAGAAACCAAAGAAGCAUAUCAUAUUAAGCUCUGGUUAUUGAAUAUCUCGUAGACUAAAUAAGCAUAUCAUAUUAAGAUCUGGUUAUUAAAUACGUCAGAAACUAAAUAAGCAUAUCAUAUUAAGCUCUGUUUAUUAAAUAUGUCAGAAACUAAAGGAGCAUAUCAUAUUAAGCUCUGAUUAUUAAAUAUCUCAUAAACUAAUAGAGCAUAUCAUAUUAAGCUCUGGUUAUUAAAUAUGUCAGAAACUAAAUAAGCAUAUCAUAUUAAGCUCUGGUUAUUAAAUAUGUCAGAAACUAAA